AUGGGGUAUACAAAUGUCAAGAUUGUCUUGGGGAGCCUCUGUAUUGCACGGGCUGCUGCAGGAGUCAACAUCGAUGCAAUCCCUUCCACUGGAUCAGUCAGUGGAAUGGGAAAGCAAUGUCCGGUUCUCAUGGAUAAGUGGGAUUUGUUUCAAGAAGAUGAAUCCAACGACCACAUCAAACCAGAAGAUUUACCAUCUGUCUCGGGCCCUGAGUUCCAGCCAAAGGACAAUACCAUGGUCAUUGUCGACAGGUCUGGAGUCCACUGGCUCGAGGUGCAAUGCUGUGGCUGUCCUGAUGCAAUGAGUCCAGACAUUCAAAUGUUUCGACACAGCUUGUUCGCUGCAUCUUUCAACAGGCCGAAGACCUUGUUCACAUUCAGCGUUCUCGAUGAUUUUCUGCUGGACAACCUUGAAUGUGGCACCUCGGCAAUGAAUUAUUACAACAAGCUUCGGCGAAUGACCUCAAGCACAUUUCCACACCUCGUGCCAGAUCAAUACCGAGAGCUCAUGAGGGUCUCCCGGCAGUGGCGACACUUGAAGAACAUGAAGUGGCAUGGCUUCAGCCAUCAUUCCAACCACCGCGAGCCAGGGGACCUAGCAUUGUUCUGCCCGGCAUGUCCUCAGCCCAGCAUUAAUCUAUCUCUGACGACAGAAGAAUCACUUGAUGACUGGAAAUACACCAGGUCGUUUGUGAUGGAUGGGAACUUCAAAGCGGAACACCUGCAUCCUAUCAACCUGGACGAUGAAGUAUGGCUGUCCAAUGGAUUUGGAUUUAUGGUUGGAAAGGACAGGUACCAGAGGCAUCUUGCAGUAGCUACAGAUUCUUUGGAAAGGUCGAGCUGCAACAAUCAUCGAGCUAUCAAUCAAGUGAAUGCGGCUCAGCACAAGCUGGAGUCCACCGGGAUCGGGGGGGGGGGGGGGGGGGGUGGCCUGUGCCCAACAUGGCUGUUUUGUUCCCCACUCGAUUGUAGAUUUUCAGAAAGGCGAGAGAUGAACAUGGAUUAUGCCCUAUGCGAGGCUGCAUCAUACAACAUGAAAGGCAUCACCAGGGCCGUCACCUUCUACGACAUCAACUGUCAAUACAACAAGCAUCUUCGCACUCGGGUCGAUCGAGGUCUGUUCUUGACAAUGGUUCCGGAGCUGACCAUAGUUCCUGGAAUCAGGCUUUGGCAUAUCCAUGGACAUCAGGACAGCUGCUAUGUGAGAUAUGUGUCGAACUUCAUCGAAGGCAUAGGUCACAUCGAUGGAGAGAUCAUGGAGACCCUGUGGGCCCCCCUCAACCUCAUAUCUCCUUCCACUUGGGGAAUGUCGUCGCCACAUAGAAAAGAAUGUCUAGAUUUUCAGAUGAACGAUUCCAAUUUUUGCAAGAUGAUUCGCAUGAAAAGGACGCUUUGCCGGAAAUUCAAAGGGGCAAAGCAUGGCAUCGCCGAAAGUGGGAAGGCAUUUGAUAGACUCAAUGAGGGGGCACCAGAAAGUUCAAAGACUCUGUGGUUGGCGAGUGAAAGGGUCGCGCAGUCAAGCAGAAUACAUGAUCCCGCUGCAAUGGACAUAUAUGAGAUCAAUAUCCGGAAGGCACCGAGCAAGAAGGAGAUCGAGCUGAGAUUACUGGAGGAGAAUGAUGCUCAUCAUUCAUCACCUUCCCGCCAAUUGGUCACAACAUGGAUACCAAUGGGAUUGGCGAUCGAAGAAGCUCAGAUCGCAUUGCUCAUCGAGGUCUGUAGACUCGGACAAAGACCUACUGAGACCCAGAGAUUAAGCAUCGCCCGUCAAUGCGAUUGGGUGCAGGGACAGAUCGAUGGAUUCACUCAGUCCACUCUCCUGCAUUUCAGAGAUGGAUUCGAUAGUGAUGAAGAUCCGGAGGACUUGAGUUGUGCAAUUCUCGAUGAUCUUGAUGAUGGCCCAGAUGAGUUCACCGAGACUCUCGAUACCUACCGAAACACACCCAAGCUCACUGUCAUCCCAUUGCCAUCCAAUGUCGGGCUGGACCGACUCCAACACUGCUUAGCAGAGGAUCUGAUUCUGCUGGAGAUGUCGCUUCGUGAAGGACAGGCCAAUGAUGCCCUUCACAAUCUCCAAAUACACUUGUGCAACAAGGUGGUCCUUUUCCGAACCACUGUUAGGCAGGUGAAGUCACAAGCUUUGAAGACUUGGGCAUGGUCCCAGGUGAUGUCGGUUCAGCAGGCCGUGUCUCUGAAUGCCAGUAUAUACAACAGGACAAGGAAGCAAAUGAUGAAACUUGGUCCGGGGCAGCACCAGCUUCAGAAAUACCAACCUCUGCUCCGAGAACAGCUCAAGAUCAGCACUGCAGUCGGUGAUCCAAAUGCCUGA